CAAUAGUCAGCUUCGUGGAAGCAGCAAGCGAAGCCUUACCAGUCUACAGUGUGUGAAAAUGGCGUUCCUGUUCAAAGCACUUGCAUGCGUGACCCUGCUCUCGCUGACGGCAGCCCAGUACGGGGAGGAAGAACACUACGAGCACCACGAGCCGCAUCAUGCCGUUGGAUUUUCGUACGCCAAAUUCAGCGGACCGGUCAGUGGACCCGCCCACGAAGUACAUGUCGAGGACAAGCACGGACAUGGUCAUUCGAUCGAUUACGUGGCAAAGCCGGACUAUCAUUUCGAGUACGGUGUAGAGGACCCGAAGAGUAAGGUUUCGCAGAGCCGGAAGGAGCAUCGCCACGAGGAUGAACUGCACGGCGAGUACAGCGUCCAGCAGCCGGACGGAAAGCUGCGGACAGUCAAGUACUCGGCAAACAAGCACACCGGAUUCCACGCUGAAGUGUUGAUCGAUGGAAAACCACUGCACGAGGAGGAAUUGGCCAAACUGGCUCACGAAGCACAGGAGCAUUCCGUUCGUGCCCAUGGGCAUAGCGAGGGGGCGUCGUCGUACGGUGGCUCGCAUGGGCAGACCUACGAAGAGGACGCAUCAUCGUCCUACGGCGGUGAAGAGGGCGGCGAGGGUGACGACGGUUACUACCAUUGAUUUCGUACGUUAAGACAAGCAAAGCUAGAUUGUACAUAACCUGUAACGUCUUUCGAUUGUCCGGGUUGAGGACGAUCGCUGCAAUCCUAUUUAUUUUAGGCAUCACUAUCCACGCUCUAGAAGUGAUUUUAGUAAGCAAAUUUUUAUUCUUAAAACUUUCCAACGACGGAAGUUCCUAUGCUUAUUUCUCCGAAUCUAUUUCGUUCCAAAAGUUUUCAAACGAGGAACCGAAAACUGUUGAA